AUGAAUCAGAUGGAAAAAAUUCAAAAAGUAAUUGCCGAUGAACUGCAUAGACCUGCAAGAAAUAAUUUCAAACAUCGAAAAGAUCAUAUACAAGGUCUUGAUGAAACAUGGCAAGCGGACUUGGUUGAUUUAACUGCUCACUUAUUCACCAACAGUAGAUACAAAUACAUUUUAACAAUUAUCGAUAUUUUCUCAAAAUAUGCCUGGGCUGUACCGGUGAAAACAAAAAAUGGAAAAGAUGUCACCGAUGCUAUGAUAUCAGUGUUAAUACAGAAACGAGUACCUCAAAAAUUACAUGUGGAUAGAGGCAAAGAAUUUUAUAAUAAAGAAUUUCAAACACUUAUGGAGCGAUACAACAUAGAAAUGUAUUCAACGUUUACAAAUCUAAAGGCGUCUAUAUGUGAACGAUUUAAUCGUACUUAA